AUGGAUGGACUUGAACGAGGCUCUCCCGAGCAAAAGUCAGUAAAUGCAGAGAAUAUGGAGGGCCUUGAUUAUAGUCUACACGGCCAUCGUCUAUUGAUUGGAUCCCUCUUCCUGCCAUAUACCUUGGAAGAGGAGACAUUAAGUUCUCCCACAAACAAUACGGAAGCUUCAUCACCACGAUCAUCACAAUCAGCACUAUCAUAUCCUGAUACAUCUCCUCAUAUUCCUCAUAUAACUACUCGUCGAAACACCAGAACGUCUACCUCACCUGCAACAAAACCAUCAAAAGAUCAUCCCGAUGCACCAUCGCAAUUCACGGUCUUCCCCUCGCCAUUAGGAAACAUUGGCUUGCAGAACGCUGUCAAGAGUGUCUCGGAUCAGUUAUUAGGAACUGUAUAUUGGAUUGGCUUGACGGGCUGUCAGUCUGAUACUUGGAGCGAUCAAAAACGCGAAGUUGCUAGUGCAAAGCUUUACGAAUACGACUGCCUUCCUGUUUUUGCAGGUGACGAUGAGACGGAGGGGCAUUAUCAUCAGUUUUGUAAACAGGUGCUUUGGAAGCCAUUUCAUUAUCAGCUACCAGAAUAUCCAAAGGCACAAUCGUAUGAAGUCAGAGCGUGGAAGCACUAUGUUACUGUAAACGAGAAAUUCGCUGAACGAAUCGCUGAAAUAUGUCGAGAAGGAGACACAGUGUGGAUUAACGAUUACCAUCUGAUGCUGGUGCCAUCCAUGCUUCGCAAACGAUUGCCCACCGCUCGCAUCGGAUUCUUUCUACAUAUCCCAUUCCCAAGUUCUGAGAUCUUCAGAUGUCUACAUGUUAGAAAGGAGAUCCUGGAAGGCUUACUAGGCGCUGACCUAGUUGGCUUCCAAACAUAUUCCUUCAUGAGACACUUUCUCAUGACAGCUACUCGAAUACUGGGUGUUGAAUCGACCCCUAGAGGCAUCCUUCUGGACAAGUCCAAUGUCACUGUUGGUAUAUUUCCAAUCGGGAUUGAUUUGGUUACCCUCAAUGAGAAGAGAGCCAAUCCAGAAGUGUUUGAAAACACGGCUACGCUUGCUCAAAAAUAUGCCGGAAUGAAAGUCUUGAUUGGUCGUGACAAGAACGAUUAUGUAAAGGGUGUUCGGCAAAAGCUAUUAGCUUACGAACGCUUCUUGCAACUACAUCCUCAAUGGAUUGGCAAGGUUAUCCUCAUCCAAGUGGCUCUGCCAACAACGCAAGCCAAUGAAACCGAAGCGCAAGUACAAGAUGUUGUUGCUCGAAUCAACUCCAAACAUGGAUCUAUCGAAUAUAUUCCAGUAGUGUACUUCCAACAGGACAUAUCAUUCAGCCAGUACUUGGCUCUAUUGACUGUAGCUGAUGCAUGUCUCGUCACCUCAUUACGCGAUGGAAUGAAUUUGACUUCCCAUGAAUACAUCGCCUGUCAAUCCAAAAAGAAGUCUCCUCUCAUAAUAUCAGAAUUCGCUGGUACUUAUGGAUCCUUUGGUGCUGCCAUACGUGUAAAUCCAUGGAAUGUGACCGAGGUGGCAGAAGCAAUACACGAAGCUCUGAUAAUGCCAGUAGAAGAAAAGUCCACCAGAUGGAAGGAGUUAUAUGACCACGUCAGAGCCAAUUCCGCCCAGAACUAUGUCACAACGUUUUUAGGACAAUUAGGUCGAGUCCACGAAGAAAUGCUACGCACGCUCGGUGGCUCGAUACCAAAGUUGCCUACUGAUGUUGUGUUGGCAGAGUUGAGAUUGGCUAGAAAGAGAAUGUUUUUCUUGGACCAUGAUGGAACUAUAGUUCGCUCUGGAGGCUCCAUCAAUGACUACAUACCUCCGAAUCGCCUCAAUGAUCUUCUUCAUGAGUUGACAGCAGAUCCCAAAAAUAUUGUAUAUAUCAUGUCUGGUAGGACGAAGGACGCUCUAUCAGAGUUUAUGCAUAUACCGCAUCUGGGGUUGAGCGCGGAGAAUGGUUGCUUUGUAAAGUGGGCAGACAAGACGACUUGGGAGAAUAUGUUGCCGGAUAUCAACAUUGAGUGGAAAGCAAGUGUUUUGGAGAUCUUUGAGUACUAUACAGAUCGAACGCCAGGAAGUACUAUCGAGCAAAGGGAAGCUUCAAUAAAUCCAAGUUUCGGGGCCUGGCAGGCGUCCGAAUGUCAAAAUCAUAUCGAGUCGUCUCUCUCACCAGUGUAUCCCAUCCACUGUUUGUUGAAACGAAAAUCAUUGGAAGUCGUUCCUAGAUCGACUAACAAGGGCAUAGUCGUAAAACGAGCCCUUGAGCAUCACCAACAUAGUGCCUCGACUGUUCGAAAGCUACAUACUUUCCCUAACCCGUCACCAACGUCGAAACCACAGGAUUCACAAUCUCGAAGUCGAAUCAGCGCCAUGUGGCUAGAUUCUGACCAGCAACAACGAGAAGAGGCACGUGGGGUUGCCGAGCCUGUAGAAACUCCGUUGUUGUCAACGUCGCCUUCACUACCAGCAAUAGAUCUGAUACGUGGUCGACGUGAUGGAUCCGAGCACAGUUAUACCCAUAGUCACAGCACCAGCAGCAACACAAGCUCUACACGAGAGCAUCAUAAUAAUAGCAAGCAUAAACAUCAUGUGUACCAUCCCACUCAACAUCAGAAACCUCAGGUAGCCUUUCCACAACCGUCCCAUACUGUACCCGUCGAUUUCGUGUUUGCCAUAGGAGACGAUAGAGCAGACGAGUACAUGUUUGAGUACUUGCAUGAGCUCGAACGUGAAUCGUCGUCAGCGUCAACCACUACAGGAAAUGCAACGCCACAAUCUGAACCAGUCGACCAAACCGAUAUAAAUAAUAGUCUAGUCAUGACGCCAUUGCAAUCACCUAUAUUGCAACCCACUAUUCCACGAUCACCGAUACUAGCUCCCAUACCACGAUCACCACAUGUAGCUGCUGGUGACGAACACUUGCCUACUACACCAUCCAACGUGCAUCGUAAAGGAGUACCUCAUAGCGUAUUGACUGUUACUGUGGGUAGUAAAUCAUCUAAUGCUAAAUGGUUUCUGCCAAAUUCCCUGGAUGUAGUUGCCCUGCUUGACACUAUUUGUGAAGCUGUCAAGAGUGAGAAGCAUGGAGCUAGUGCUGCAUUGUUCAAGUCUAGGCUCAGUAGUGAUGCAGAAGGUUGGGUUGAUGAAGACGGAACGCCGUCAUCUGCUAGUAGUAGUUCUUCUGGUGGAAAAGGAUUGGGGGUUGUAAAUGUCUGA